AUGUGUAAUAUUUAUCGAAAAUUAUGUUUCAAAAACAAAAAAUCAAUUGAUGAAAUUAUUUUAUCCCGUUUGUAUUAUGCAAGUUUGUAUGAUGAAUUAGAUUUGAAAAGUAUUGAAAUAACUGAAACUUCUUGUUCAUUAAUAGCUGAAACUUUAAAACUUGUACCCACAAUAAAAAUUUGGAAUUUAUCUGAUUGUUUACUUACGACCAAGAGUUUGAAAUUAUUUUUAGAUGUUGUAUACCAAUUGAAAAACUUAUCACAGUUAAAUUUGAAAGGCAAUCAUAUUGGAAAUAAUUUCACAACUUAUAUUUCUAAUAUAUUAUUAAAUAAUUCUUGUAUUACUGAGCUUAGGUUAGAUUGGAAUGACCUUGGAGGUUCAAUAAAUACAUUUUCUCAGUUUUGUAAUAGUUUAAUGUCGAAUACAGUUUUAAAAACUUUAAAUUUGGCAAAUAAUAAUUUGUGUCAAAAAUGUGGAUUUUAUUUAGCAGAAAUGUUAAACGUUAAUAAAUGUUUAAAAGAUAUUGAUUUAAGUUGGAAUUGUAUAGGAGAAACAGGAGCAACUUUUUUAUUGAAAUCUUUAAAAAAAAAUGAAAUUCUUACAGUACUAAACAUUCAAGGUAACUCUGUAUCAAUGGAAAUAACUAAUUUAAUAGAUAAAAUAUUAGAAGAAAAGAAAUUGCGUUUAAUUAAUCAAGAAGAAAAUCGGUGUAGAAACUUAAAAGUUGUUGAACAAGUAACCUCAGUUACUAAAAACUACCAAACACAGUUGAAUUCCCUUAAUAAUCAAUAUCACCACAGAAUUAAUGAAUUAAAAUCAGAACUACAUCUUCUUCAAGUAGAAAAUCAGCAACAAAAACAAGAAAUUGAAGAGAUGAAAAAAUAUUGUUUAAAGGAAAAAGAAUCUAAUACAAUAGUUAUAAAUCAAAUAGAAAAGAUGAAAUCAGAAUUGUCGUUUAAAAAACAAAGUUUAAAUUCACUUAUAAAAGAAAUAAGUUUUGAAUUACCUAGUUCUGACUUAAAAAAUAUAAAUUCUUUAGAGGAUUUAGAAAAGUUGACUUAUAUUAUCAGAAAAAUAAAAAUUAAUAAUAAAAUUAAUACAUUUAAAUUCUUACUUAAAAACUUGAAAGCUUUAAUGGAAAUUGAAUUAAAGAAAUAUACUGAUUAUUUAACGGAUAUUAAAAAAUUACUUCUUAUACAUACAACUCGUCAUUAUAUGUCAAACAAAAUUCACAAUGACAUAAAUAUGAAAAUAUUAAUGGAGCAAGAAAAAAUAGAUGAUUUUGAAAAACAGACAAAAGAGUUAGUCUUAUUGAAUAUGCAGACAAAAACAUUACAAAAAGAAAAUACGGAUUUAGAAAUUAAAUUAGCCAAAGCUGAAACACAGUCUGUAGAAGAUAAUAAGAAAAUGAGAGAACUUGAAAAUAGUUUAAUAUUAACUAAAGAUGAAUUAGUAAAGGCUUAUCAAAAACACCUAUCUGACAAAGAAAUUCAAAAUUCAAAUACUCAAGCAUGUUUUGAUGCAUUUUCAAAAGAUAUAGAUACUCUUAAUAUUUAUCUCACAAAGAAAGAUCAACAGUUACAACUUUUUAAAAUGGAAAUACAUCAAAUGAAUAUAAAUCAUAAAAGUGAAUUGUCAAUACUUAAGGAAAAAUUGCAAUCAGAAAAACAAAAAUUUACAAUAAAAAAGUAA